AUGAGGAUCAACCGCGACACGGUGCUGGUCGGCCGCAUGACGGUUCUGGUGCCUUACCGCAAGCAGCAUGUGCCUCGCUAUCACGAAUGGAUGAAGGAUCCGCUCAUCCAAGAGCAGACGGCCUCCGAGCCUCUAUCCCUCGAAGAAGAAUACGAGAUGCAGCAAUCUUGGGCAGUGGACGAGGACAAGCUCACUUUCAUCAUCCUCGCACGUCCUGAUGAGGACGUCCGUGGGACCAGAUCCGCAGUCGGCGUGGACGAGUUUCUGUCCGAGUGUAAGAUGGUCGGCGACGUCAACAUCUUCUUCAACCAACGGCAUGAAGAGGAUGAAGAUGAGGACAACGCCGAGGAGCAAAGCUCAGUCAAGGAUGCGGUGUUCGACGCAGAAUGUGAAAUCAUGAUUGCGGAGCACAGCUAUCGUCGCAAAGGAAUCGCACGCGAGGCACUCGAGAUGAUGUUUGCGUUCGUAACAUCGGAUCCGACGCCUGUCGCUGCGCCCCUUGACAAUUUUAGCACAGCAUCUGUCCCAGCAUCGACCGAUACAGCGCACUGCUCGCUUCCAAUACCCUCGGACUGGCUCACCUGCAAGAUCUCACUCAGCAAUGCUCCCUCGAUCAAGCUCUUCGAGUCGCUCGGUUUCACGCGGCAGAAGGUCAGCGAGGUAUGGCAAGAGGUCGAGAUGCGGUUUACCGACAGAGAUCCAGCACGCUUCGAUCAGUAUCGGAAGUCGAUAGAAAGGGUACUGUUCUGGCCGGAUGACUGA